AUGUCGGAGCCGGCGCUGGAGGAGCUCUCGGCUCUCGCCGCCAUCUACUGCGAGCCGGACGCCUGCGAGGUGCUGGCGGUCUCAGAGACGCAUGGAAUCACAUUUAGAAUUCAAAUCAGCGUGAAAGAACUGCUGGAUACAGAUGUACUUUUAAAGCUGUUAUUUCAUUUACCAGUUGGUUAUCCAUCAACUCUACCAGAUAUUUCUGUUAACUCAGACCAGCUUACAAGGGCCCAGUGUAUGGAUGUGAAAGAUAAAUUACUUGAACAAGCAAAGAAGCAUCUUUCUGAACCUAUGGUACAUGAUCUGAUUCUUUGGAUACAGCAGCAUCUUAAAUAUGUCAUUAAGCAAUCAGCAACAGUUUGCAAUGAAAAAACUACUUUGUCAAAAGGAACAAGUACAGAGGAUGGUAUCAGGAUGCUCCUUUUGCAUUUAGAUCACAUGAGAGCAAAGGCAAAAUACGUCAAAACUGUGGAAAAAUGGGCUUCAGAUCUAAGGCUGACUGGAAGACUGAUGUUCAUGGGCAAGAUAAUAUUGAUUCUUCUUCAGGGUGACAGGAGCAACAUUAAGGAGUACUUGACUCUUCACAAAACUUCUAAGGUAGAUGUGGACUCAAGCGGAAAGAAAUGCAAAGAGAAAAUGAUUAGUGUACUGUGUGAGACAAAAGUACAGUCACAGCAUAAAAGGUUUCAGACGUUUGAAGUCAAAGAAUAUUCAACACUGGACGAGCUACAAAAGGAAUUUGAAACUGCGGGACUUGCAACUCUUUUCUCUGAGUUUGUGCCUCCUCUCUUAAAAUAGAAUUAAAAGAAAACACUGGACUCUUUGACCAAAGCAGUAGUUGACUGCAGAUGCUGAUGGAAGAUGAAAGGACUAAUUUGGCAAACAACGUUAACACUUUUCUGCAAAAAACGCCAGAAGUACCCAUCCUCUUGCAAGAAGGAGGAGGCAAUUCAUACAUUAAGAAUUGAUAAUUUUUUGACAUUUAGGUAUUGAUAAUUUUUUCCAAGGAAUGUGGAGUUAAUUGUGAUAAUUGCAUGGCAAGCGUGAGAGACUGGGAAGAAAUCGUGUUAAAAUAAUAGUCUUCUAGUUAGACUCUGUUUUGCAAUCCGUGUUUUUCAAUGUUUUGGUUUUUAUCUCUCAUGCUGGUGGUUUUUCAUAAGGGCCUGCUAGAAAGCAUGAUUAAUUUUGCUUUGAAAGCUUAUAUGAAGAUAUAAAAACCAUAGCAAACACAGAUUUGAAUAUGUGAGGACAGCAUAUACUUAAUAUCCCGUAGGUGUUCAUCUGCUGACUUUUCCUUCUCCAAUUAUUUGACUAUAAAUGCUAGACUGUUGAUUUAAAGAAAAAGUUCAUGUCACUUGAGGCCUGAAAAAACUUAGAAAUGUCUUUUUCUUUUUGAAUGUUAGUUUUUAUUCUAAAAUGUAUAAAACCACCCAAGUGGAGAAUUUAAAUUGAUUAAAAAGCUAAGGUAAAGCCAGUUGUAGUAUUUUCUUUGGUAGUUUACAGAUUCCUUUUUGCACUUUAUCUGGUUUUACUGUCUGUGCAUCUUUAGAUAUCUUGAUUCAAUUAAACUGUCAGAGCAGUCUAUAUACAGACUUCAGUCUUCUGUCUCUCAAAACUUCUCUCAAGUCUUCUGUCACUUUAGAAGCUGGUAAGUUAUAACUCUAAAAUUUCCCUACCUUUAGUAUUUUUUUUUUGAUUGGUCAGUGGCCUUGACCAGCUUGUCAAUUUUUUUAUCACUCGUCUGUGUUUUACUUCAGUGUAACAUUACAAAUUAUAUACAUAAUUUUUACAAAUUAAGUUGUGCAAGUUCUGUUUGCCUAGGGAGAAUUGGAUACUUAUUUCUUAUAAUUAUUAAUG